AUUUAUCGUCAUUGUUCUGCCAGACUCUGACAUGGCGGAUCCGUCCUCACACCACAUGGCAGCGCCGUGACACCGCGCACCGGAACAGCCGGGAGCAGAGGAAACAUGGAGGGAAGCGGACAACCGGAUGGAGAGAAGCAGAAGAUGGAUUCUUUACAUGUGAAGGUGAAGGGUCACGACCUCUGUAAAGAGGAAAAGCUUCGCCUACGGAAGGAGAAGAAGCUGCAGAAGAAGGGUAAGGAGAAGACGGCCGCACCGCCGGGGGCUCCGACUCCAGGGGGUCCGGGGAGCGCCCCCCAGAGAGUGGACGCCUCUCUGCCCUCAGUUGUGCCUCCUGUCGCUGCGCCCCCUGCUGCCGUCAUGUCUGAGCCACCAGCCGGGGGAAGGAGCAAGGCAGAGCUGCGAGCGGAGAGGAGAGCCAAGCAGGAGGCGGAGCGCGCCCAGAAGCAGAGCAAGAAGGCGGAGCCAAGUGCAGGACCCGCCCCCGCCAAGGUGAAAGCACCGCCCCCUGAGGGCCAAAUUGUGAAGCGUCUUCCUGAACACAUCAUGGUGGAUGACCCAGCGGCGCAGAAGAAACUGGCCAAGAAGCUAGAGAGACAGCAGGUCCCUUUCCGCCAGGACUACGGUAGGAAGGUCAGCCUGUUCUCCCACCUGCACCAGUACAGCCGCAGGAUGCCGCUCACCCAGCAGAUGAGCAUCCCUCACUCCGGGAUCCACCCGGCUGUGGUGCGGCUCGGUCUCCAGUACUCUCAGGGCAUCGUCUCCGGCUCCAACUCCCGCUGCAUCGCCUUAUUGCACUGCUUCAAACAGGUGAUUCGGGACUACAGCACUCCGCCCCACGAGGAGCUGUCACGUGACCUGGUUAACAAGCUGAAGCCGGCCAUAAGCUUCCUGAAUCAGUGUCGCCCCCUAUCAGCGAGUAUGGGAAACGCCAUCAAGUUCAUCAAGAAGGAGAUCUCCAACAUCAGCCGGCAGAAGGGGGAGGAGGAGGCCAAGGAUCAUCUAUAUCGGUGCAUUGAUGGCUACAUCCACGAGAAGAUCGUGCUGGCGGCUCAGGCCAUCGCCAAGUCUGCAGCAGAGAAGAUCAGCGAGGACGACGUCAUCCUGGUGUACGGCUGCUCCUCUCUGGUGACAUUCACUCUCUGCGAGGCGCAUCGGAGCGGUAAGAGGUUCCAGGUCAUCGUGGUGGACAGCCGGCCGAGACUGGAGGGCAGAGAGACCCUGCGGAGGCUGGUGACCUGCGGCAUCCACUGCACCUACAUCAUGAUCACCGCCAUCUCCUACAUCCUGCCUGAGGUGUCUAAGGUGUUCCUGGGGGCGCACGCUCUGCUGGCGAACGGAUACGUCAUGUCCCGGGUGGGGACCUCGCAGAUUGCGCUGAUCGCUAAGGCCCACAACGUGCCGGUGCUGGUGUGCUGCGAGACCUACAAGUUCUGCGAGAAGGUCCAGACCGACUCCUUCGUCUCUAAUGAACUGGAUGACCCCGACGACCUGAUCGUCACCCGGAAGGGCAGAUGUCCGUUGAAUCAGUGGGAGACGAACCAGUGCCUGCGGCUUCUGAACCUGGUGUAUGAUGUCACGCCCCCGGAGCUGGUGGACCUGGUGAUCACCGACCUGGGCAUGAUCCCCUGCACGUCUGUACCAGUGGUGCUGCGCCUGAAGAGCGGGGAGCAGUAGAUGGAGAACUGGGGGGGGGGGUCCGUGUUAUUAAACGUGUGUCUGAUCUUUAA